UACAGUCAGUGGUUGACCAAGUUUGUACCAUCAUUCUACACCAUGCUGUUCACUGUGGCUCUGCCUCUAAAUUUGAUGGCAAUUGUAAUGUUUCUAUUGAAGAUAAAAAUCAAGACGCCAGCGGAAGUAUAUAUGCUGAACUUGGCGAUAGCAGACGUGCUUUUUGUUGCCGUCUUGCCUUUCAACAUCGUUUAUAGAUUCUCAGGGAACAACUGGCAAAUUGGAGAAGGAAUGUGCCGCUUUGCCACUGCGGCAUUUUACUGGAACAUGUACUGCUCCAUCCUGCUCAUGACAAGUAUAAGUGCGGACAGAUACUUGGCCGUGGUGUUUCCAAUUCACUCUCGUAACUGGCGUACAAAAAAACGAUCUUGGUUGGUGUGUGUCUUCAUCUGGCUUGUAUCUAUUGCUAGCACUGUGCCUCUUCUUCUCACCAAUCAAACUCUUUACGUUGCCAGAUUGGACAUUACAACUUGCCACGAUGUGCUGGACUUAAAAGAGCAGCAGGGCUUUUACAUGUACUACUUCACUGCCUUUUCUUCUAUAUUUUUCUUCUUUCCAUUAAUCAUUACAAUCUUCUGUUAUGCUGAGGUUAUCCGGGCCUUGAGUGAAAACCCACAAAACAUUAAAAAUUCUUCUUCUAAGAAGAAGAGAGCUAUUCUCUUAUCCAUAAUAGUCCUUUCUGUGUUCAUGAUUUGCUUUGGCCCAUCAAAUAUCAUCUUUUUAAUGCAUUAUCUGCACUUUCAUUCUGGACAUUCUGACUCUCUAUAUUUCGCCUACAUUCUGUGUGUUUGUAUCAGCAGCAUAAGUACUUGUCUGGAUCCUUUAAUGUAUUACUAUGCGUCAUCGAGGUGUCGGAAAUAUGUAUAUAGCCUAUUAUGCUGUAAGAUGUCCGAUAAACUGCAGACUGGUCAGUCCCAUGCAAUCAAAGAUUCAUCUACAGAAAGUUCAUUUCUUAAAGUUUAAUACUGGGCUACAAGU